AUGGAACAACCCCCUGGUUUCAUUAGUCAUCAAUUUCCAAACCAUGUGUGCAAGUUAAACAAAGCCUUAUAUGGUCUCAAACAAGCACCGCGUGCUUGGUUUCAUCGGUUGAGCACCUUCUUAAUAGGUGAAGGGUUCUCUUGCAGUCGUGCAGACCCAUCCUUGUUCAUUUUAAAACGGGACUCAUGUAUCAUGUAUUUGUUGGUAUAUGUGGACGAUUCAAUCCUCACAGGUAACAAUGAGCUUAUGGUCAAGUCAUUCAUUGCUCGGUUAAACAAGGAGUUUGUUAUUAAAGAUUUGGGGAAGCUGAAUUACUUUCUUGGGCUUGACGUCACUUACACCAAUGGUGGUCUUUUUCUUAAUCAGUCCAAAUAUGCUAGAGAAAUCUUGGAUCGUGCGCACAUGAUAGAUGCAAAACCAGCUCCCACACCAUUGUCAACAAAUGUCUCAUUUUCUACCACCGGAGAGCCGUAUUCUGAUCCAACUCACUACCGUUCUAUUGUCGGUGCCUUGCAAUACUUAACAAUCACCCGACCUGACAUCUCUUAUGCUGUCAAUCAAGUGAGUCAAUUUCUUCACAAGCCAACAGUUCAUCAUUUUCAGGAGGUGAAACGUAUUCUUCGAUACAUUAAAGGCACAUUGACUUUUGGUCUCACUUUUUCUAAGCCAUCCAUGCCAUCUCUACUUGGUUAUUCAGAUGCUGACUGGGCUCGAUGUCUUGAGACUCGGCGCUCCACAUAUGGCUACUCGAUCUUUUUUGGUGGUAAUCUUGUCUCUUGGAGUGCAAAGAAGCAACCCACAGUGUCUCGGUCUAGUUGUGAAUCUGAAUAUCGUGCAAUGGCUAAUACAACAGCUGAAAUUAUUUGGAUCACGCACCUUCUUUGUGAAUUACAUGCACUACCUCCAACACGGCCAACCAUUUUAUGUGACAAUCGUAGUGCGUUGUUUCUCACUCAAAACCCAAUUUCACAUAAGAGGGUCAAGCAUAUUGAGUUGGAUUAUCAUUUUAUACGUAAGCUUGUUGCUUCGGGGAAGCUUCACACUCACUUCAUUCCUACCAAGCUUCAAGUGGCGGACAUAUUUACGAAGAGUCUUCCUAAACCUCAGUUUGAGUUUUUCCUAGAAGCCACCAAGGCACCAACAUGUAUAAAAAAACCAACAUGUAUAAAAAGACUAAUAUUAUAG